AUGUCAAUCUAGAUAAACUUCAAAGUUAGAUGUGAAACCUAGCUUCAUCAACAAUUAUAUAUUGUUGGUGAUAUCAAACUUUUAGGGGAAUGGAAUCCAUUCAAAGGUCUAAAGUUAAAUACGUAUUAAGAAAUCUACCCUUGUUGGACAGGAACAAUAAUUGGAGAUUUUGAACCAAGUAUUUUGUUUUAUAAUAGUAAGAUUGUCUUAUUUUGUUCAAAGCUGUAAUUAUUGGGUUAGAAAAUAUUAUUUGGGAAUAAAACGAAAAUAGGGCACUUUAAAUAAAAUACUAAUCUUAGAGUGUGAUAUUUACAUUUGAUUCUCAUGAUGCAUAAUUAUUGAAAAUAAAAUCCUUUUUCGAUAAUCAUCAAGAAUUUGCAGAAGAAACUGCUAAUUUUUGUAAUAAAUAAAAUUAUUAACAAUAGUUGGUGCCAGAAGAAGAUAUUUAAAGAAGGUUUUUAGUCCAUUAGAUUUUGAAUAUGCUAGUUCUGUAAAAUAAGAAAAUACUUAAAUUUUAGGAUUCAGAUUCUGAGCAUAGCAAUAUUUCUUCUUUAUUUAAUUCAAGUGUAAACUCAAAAAACUCUAGUUAUCGUCACUUAGAUAAUCCUUAAUAAUCAGAAUUAAAUUUCUUAUUUAAUUAUCAAAAUUGA